CACAUUGGAUUCUUGGGAUGGCUUCAUUUCUCAGGAAAACUGAAAAAUGACCAAACAAGGGAAGAUGGCCUUGCUGGAGGUUUUAAAAGUAAGCCAGCUAUGUGUAGGCCUGCAAAGGUGUUAUCAAAUCCCCUCUUCUCUGACCUCUUGUCUUGUAGCUAGAGGGCCACUGUUCCAGUGUGGCACAAUGCCCUUCUUUAGUGUCAUGGUUUAAGCCCUUGGACUGUGCAUUGUUUUUAACACCCCUGUCAACAGUAGAUACUUACUGACUUCUUGUCAGUUGAAGCUGGCUUUUUGGAUCCUGUCUUCCAGGGGUAGGACAUUUUGCAAUGAGUGACAUCAGUUUCCUCCCAGACCCUUGUGCUCUUCCUAAACAAUAAAAGCUCUGUUUAAUUAAGGAGCAGCUGGUUUAUGUGCCUCUUUCUGGAGUUGGGGGUGUGCUGUAUGACAAAGAUGCUGUCUGUGUUGACCUUGGUGGCAGCCACGGUUUUCAGUGAGGCGGGAGUCAUUGUGCUGAACUCUCAUUAUUCUUUCCGAAUCUAUUUUUUAAUUAAAAAAAGUAAUGUACUCAGCUUUUAUUUAUUGAAGAUUUUUCUCUUGUACUUAUAAUAAAGGCCCAAAUGCAUAUUGUCAAUAUGUAAAAUAAAAAGAAUACCAUUUUUUCAUUGUACCAAGCAGAAGAGUCCUGUCCUCCAUGCCUCCUUGAUCCGUGGCCCCAGCGCGGGCACUGCUGCCAGUGUGGCACCUGCAUGGCUUAUUUCUGUUUCUACAAAAUCAGUGUGCUUUCCAGCUCUUGUUUGUCUUUUUCUUUUUCUCAUUCACAGUGGUCUCCUCAUUAUUUUAAAGUGGAUUUCCAAUAUUUAUUUCUUAGUUCUGUAGUUGAAUUUUAUUGGGUUAAAAGCAGGGUUAUUUAAAAAUGUUAGAAAAGCUAGCACUGUUGUAGCACUGGAACUGAGCUUUUUCUAGCUAGGUGUUUAGGUUAUCAUGUUAUAUACUCACGGAGCUUUGGAAAAGUUUAAUGGAGAUGGGGAUCCAUUUCAAGCUUUGUUAUAAGGAUUUUCUUCUCUGGUGUUUGUGGCAUUAAGAAAGGUUCUCAGGAAAUGUGUCUAAGAUAAUUUUGAGAAACUGAGUGAAACCAGUGUCUCUCCAGGAUCUUUGUGCUUUCCUCAGGUGCCCUUUCUUGGUGGCCUUGACAGGACAAGGUGGGGCUCACCCAUGAGCUGGUCCAGAGUCUCAUCUCCACCUACUCCACCAUUGAUGCCAAGAUGGCUUCAAGUCGAGUGAUGCUGCUUUCCAAUUCCAAACCACUUGGGUCAGAGGCUAUAGAUAAUUGAGGUGUCAGAGAUGGCUUUGGAUUCCCCGUUCUGUGUGCUCCUGUCUGGCUCCUGAACCCAGCUGGAGAGGUGUGUCAAUCCCAACUGGUGAAGUACUGAGAGGAAGCUACCCAAAAGGCAGCAAGGUGUUAAUAAGUGUACCUCUGACAUUUUAACCACCUCUGACUUUUCCAUGGAAUGGACAAGUAGUAGUCUCUGUCAGAGCUAUGUUUUAAAGGAAAAACAGAAACUUGAGGUCGUAAACUGUUUAUUAAUUUAUGCUGUUAUUUUGUGUUUACUCAACUCAUUUGUAUUGACGUGUAAAUUAGUAAUUUAUGAACUACUAUUCAUCAAUUCAUUGCCUACAUGUCCGCAAACAAGUUUUCUUCUUAAUAAAGAAUCCGGUGGCUGGGCACAGUGGUUCACACCUGUAAUCUCAGCAUGUUGGGAGGGCAAGGCAGGAGGAUUCCUUGAGGCCAAGAGUUCAAGACCUGCCUGGGCAACAUAGCAAGAUUUCAUCUCUACAAAAAAAUGAAAACAUUGGCUGGGCAUGGUGGCUCAUUCCUAUAGUUCAGGCUACUCAGGAGCCUGAGGUAGGAGGAUCACUUGAACCCAGGAGUUUGAGGCUGCAGUGAGCUAUGAUCCUAACACUGCUCUCCAGCCUGGGUGACACACCAAGAGACCAUCUCUUCAAAAAAGGAAUCUAGGGGCAUCAGUGUGUGCACACAGCAUGGCUUGUGAAUGCGGAAGUGCCUGUGUGCAUAGUUGUGCUCAAGAAUGUGUUGGUAAUUAUAUCUUCUCAGCAUGAAAAAAAGUUGUUUGUUUUUUUUUGAGAUGGAGUCUUGCUCUGUCACCAGACUGGAGUGCAGUAGCGCUAUCUCGGCUCACUGCAACCUCUGCCUCCCGGGUUCAAGUGGUUCUCCUGCCUCAGCCUCCUGAGUAGCUGGGACUACAGGCACAUGCCACCACUCCUGGAUAAUUUUUUGUAUUUUAGUAGAUAUGGGGUUUCACCAUGUGGGCCAGGAUGCUCUUGAUCCCCUGACCUCGUGAUCGGCCCACCCAGGCCUCCCAAAAUGCUGGGAUUACAGGUAUGAGCCACCGUGCCUGGCCUGAAGUUCACGUUUAUAAAGAUCUCUCUACGUCUUAGAUUUGAUUCUUCCUUUAAAUAUUUUUCUCAUUGACAUUUGAAAGCACCUGACCUUAUAUAAAGUGAAGAAUUUCAUAACUCCAUAAAAGGAGAAUUAUGACAUCAUCUACUAUUUAUUUCUCUUGUCUCAUAAAUCUAAACCUGCUUAUUUUUGUAUACUGUCACACUGUGUAUUCCCUGCAUUGAAUGCCUUUCUAUUGACAUUGUCUGUAAAAAUUGUGGGAAGUUUUCUGCACUCUAAAUUUUCUGUUAUGGGGAUUAAAUAUCCAGUAUCCAUGGUUUUCCAAGUCUUACGUCAGAAAGGGUAAAUACAGCCCUCACAGCAGCCUGUUGUUUGUCCCGCAAUUGUGUUUCCAUCACAUUACACAAAGCCUCUUUGUCUUCGUGGUUGUACCCUGCUAAUAAGUUUUUUUUAAAUUAUGUAAUGUGUGUAUAUACAAAUACCUAUAUGUAUGUGUGUACACAUACAGCUGAUAUCUACUGAGAUUAUGUAUGCAUGAACUAUAGAAUUAACUUGUAAUUUUAAGAAAAUAAAUUAUUUUGUAAAGAUAAAUCUCAUGUUUAAGAAGGGGAAUUACAAUUGAAUCAUUUAGGGAUGCCUCAGCCUAAACAUAAUAUGGAAAAAGCCAUAACCAAAAGUCAUUUUAGAGUACUGCUAGGUUACUCAACCUAUCAUCACAUUUAAUUAAAAUGUCAGUUUGAACCAUGGCCAGUCGAUUUUCGUUAAUAUGUUAUUUAAAUCAACUUGUGAAGUCUUCAUUUUAGAUAUAGAAUUUGUGUUAAUGAACUGGAAAAUAACAUUCUAUUGCUUGGAAGAUGUGUUAAAGCCUAAAUACUUAUGACUUUGUAAAAGAAGAAAAUCAGCUGGUGAUCAGUUGGCAUUAGUAUAUAAGGAUGUACUCAUAUUUGAUAAUAGCCAUUUUUUUCUAACUAGAGUAAGGGAGUUGGGAAUGGGAGGCAGAAACAGGGACACAGAUAUAUAAAAAAUCAUAGACAAAACUGUAUUGCGUUCUGAGUAUGGUUCUGUGAUCCAUGGUUCAGUUUGAGAGGUUCCUGUGUCCCUUAUGAGAAGGGACAGGAAAGCCAGGAGGACAGGAGUAUGUUUGGGCCUGUGCCUGUGCUUCCACCACAGAAGUCAGCAGCUCUACCUUUCUCUUUUCUCCUCUUUAUCUAAUAAUUGUUUCCUCUUCAAAUUUGGGAAAUGAGCUUAAUCAAAGAUUUGUUGUGUUUUUUGUUUGUUUGUUUUUGAAAUGUGGCCUCAGUGUGUUUGCCCAGCCUGAUCUUAAACUCCUGGGCUCAAGUGAUCCUCCCUCUCAGCGUCCUGUGUAGCUGGGACUACAGGCAUGUGCCACCACACCCAGCUAAGUUAAUGCUAAUGUGUAGUUUAUCUGAUUCAGUUUUGAAGGGUAGGAUAUAUAUAGAUAGUUAUGUUGUGUGUGUGGUGGGGGGGUAGUGUGUGUGUGUGUGUGUGUGUGUGUAUAUAUUUAUAUAUUACUAGUCCAUUGCUGCUACAACAAACUACCAGUAUGUCAGGGCAUAAAACAAAUUUAUUACACUCCUGUAUGUCAGAGUGUGAUGUGGAUCUCACUGGGCUAAAAUCUAGGUGGUAGAAAGGCUACCUUCAUCUCUAGAGGCUCUAGGGGAUCUUUUUUCUUGCCUUUUCCACAUUCUGGAGUCUGCCUGCAUUUUUUGGCUUUGGGCUCUUCUCCACUCUCACCAUUAGCAACCUUGCAUCCCAUGGGCCCUUCUUCUAUGGCCACAUGUCUCUGUGGCUCUUUCCUUCCCCCUUCUCUUCCACUGUUAAGGACUCAUGUGCUUACUUAGUCCUGAAUGGAGACACCGUCAUCAUCCACAUGAGCCCACUGUCCUAAUCCAUACAGGCUGCUACAAGGAAAUGCAUUAGACCAGGUAGCUUAUAAAUAACAGAACUUUGUUUCUCACAGUCCUGGAGGCUGAGAAGUGCAAGAUCAAGGUGCCGGCAGUCUUGGUGUCUGGUGAAGGCCUGCUUUCUCAUAGAGGCUUCCUUCUUGCUGUGUCUUCACAUGGUGAGUGGUGUCAUUGAGCAAACACAAAGUCGGGCUCAUCCAAGGAUGAGAUUUUGCCAGAGAAAGGACGAGCAGCAAGUCAGGGAGCUUAAGUGGAGACGAGGUUUCACUAUGUAGGCGAAGCUGGUCUCGAACUCCUGACCUCAGAUGAUCCACCCACCUCAGCCUCCCAAAGUGCUGGGAUUACAGGCGUGAGCCACCGCGCCUGGCCUGUUUAUUCUCUUAAGAGAGAAAAUGAGGGGAUUAAUGGACUGUAGUUCUGGACAAGGUGGAAAACUCUUAAAGUGGAAGUACUGCGGCAAGUGCUCUGACGGCUAGGAUGGUGCAGUCAGUCCCUUCACCCAGAAAUCAGUAGAAUGUUAGCAGUUCAGACUCAAACCUUGUGAAAAACAGGUGGUGGAAAGGAAAUCCCUCACAGCAACUGGCAUCAUAAUCAAGACAAUGUUUGCAGAAUAAAUGGAGUUACCUGCUUUCAGCCCCAGGUCGUAGCUAUUGUCUGCCCUGCUGAUAUGUGAUAAUAAUUUGUGAUCCUGUUGUCUUAAAAUGGGGUCACUCAUCUCCAGUAGAAUUAAGUCCACAGUGAAGUUGUCCCCCCAUCCCCAAAGAGAUAAACAUAUAUGAAUGAACUCACGUGAUAACAACUACUGCUGCCUGGGAUCAUGAGAGACCUGAACUGAACUGAUAGGAAGUGAAAGGUGGCUGAGAUAAUGAGAAUAGACCCAUCUGCAGAGGAUCAUAAAACCAGCAAAGACAAGAUCUUGUCUAAGAUGCCUUCACAAACUUUGUCCAUGAGAACUCUUAAGGAUUUCACCAGACCUGUUGGCUGCUGCUGUGAUCUCUGCCCAAGAGGAGCCUCUGACCAACAUCCAAAGGGCUUCUGGACCCACUGGACUCCUGGAGGUACAUUGGUCUCCUGAUCCAUGGCUGUGGUUUUUUACUCCCUUUAUCACUGCCUGUGUGUAGAAUGAUAAUUGCAUAAUUGAUAGUGUGAAGACCUCUUGAUAAAUGGUAAAUCUGAGCAUAUGUAUUUGGCUGACAUGUCAUUAUGAAACCUCACAGCUUCAGUCAGUGUCAACGCAGCUAGGGAGCAUGUACCUAAUGCACAUAUCACUGGGCAUAGUCUACAGGCACCUAAUAACUCAGGUACCUUAACAGUCACUAAUGAGUGUCUCUCCAAGGACUAAACAAUGGAAGACUGUAGAAGAUGCUAUUCAUUAAGAUAUCUCAAGAAUAUGGAAGACUAUUAUUCGCUUCUCAUGGGACAGGACUUUAUAGGGCACCUGAAAAAACUCCCAUGAAAAAUCACUUUUACAAAAUGUUAAGUUAUGAUAUCCAAGAUGAAACCAAUGAGUCACAACAUUCACAUAAUACACUGUACAACCCUGAUCUCUUGACUGUCAUCAAAUGUUUCUUACCUCUAAACCAAAGUUUCAUUUUAUAAUUUAAUUUUUCUCAUUUUUUCUGUUCUCUUAGCUUAAGAAAAGAUCAUUACAAACUUUUUGUAAGUUUUUCAUAUAUGCUUGCAAAGGGUUAUAAAACUUUAUUGUGAUUAUUCUUGCUUUAAGCUGAAACUUCCCUAAUCUUUCUUUAGAGAUUGUGGCAUAGCAUGUUAGUUUCUUUUCCAUAUCCAACUGUUUUCUGUAAUGAAUACAGAAAUACGGGCACUAUUUUGUAACUUUAAAUAGACAUCAUCUCAAGUCUACAAGAAUUAUCCAAAAUGGUAUUUAAUGACAUUUCUAGGUCUUCAGACACUAUUAAUGCAGAUUGUAGCCUCUAGGUCCUGAAGAUUUUACUAGAUACUGGUUACUGAAACUGAGCUUUCUUGAAUUAUUUUUCCUUCCACUGUGGUUUCCCGCAUUUCAACAUAUCACCUAUUUUUGUCCUCAAACAUUACUUAAAUUUUUUCCACAGAAUUAAAUUAAAUAUGAAUCAUCCCUCCUCUGAUUUUUGAAAUGACCCUUUGCUUCCUAUGAUAAUGAUUCUUCUGGUCCGUUUUGUAGUUAUAUGUUAGAGUUUGUAAAUAGUCACACAUUUUGCAACUGCAUAUAAUUUUCUUAUUAUUUUUUCCUCUUCCUCUAAAACUGCUGUUAUUUCUUUUAACUUUUUGUGGGAAAAAUUAAACCCAUCUUUCACUUUGUUGAUAUACUUAUUUAUAAUUGAACUCCUUGAUUUUUGCUCGAAUUGCUUUUCAAGUUACCCACUUUUAGGGAAGACAUUAUUUGGGUUUUGUUUAGUGUAUCAGGCUUUUUUUAGUUAGUUGUAUCAAGAAGUGUAGACUUUUCUAUACAUAAUAUCCUUUUUCCCACAGUAGUUUUUUUUUUUUUUUAAGUCUAGCCGGGUGCAGUGGCUCAUGCCUGUAAUCCCAGACUUUGGGAGGCCGAGGCGGGUGGAUCACGAAGUCAAGAGAUGGAGACCAUCCUGGCUAACACGUUGAAACCCCGUCUUUACUAAAAAUACAAAAAAUUAGCUGGACAUGGUAACGGGUGCCUGUAGUCCCAGCUAAUCAGGAGGCUGAGGCAGGAGAAUGGCAUGAACCCAGGAGGCAGAGGUUGCAGUGAGCCGAGAUCGUGCCACUGCACUCCAGCCUGGGUGAUAGAGCAAGACUCCAUCUCAAAAAAAAAAAAAAAAAAAAAUUCAGUUAAAAUAAAGGUAAUCAAAAGAUGUUUUCCUAAACCUUUCGUUUACCAGAAAUAUCUCUAGUGUCACAUGGUCCUUUCUCCCUUCUUGCUUUUGUAGGAGUCCAAAGCUAAUCUGUCCCUGAUCCGGAUUGCACGCACCUGUGCCUUUUGGGGCCCUUCUGCAUUAGUUCUUCCUUCUCUUCUAACCUCAAAAAUGUGUUUUCUCUGUUGGCUCUUUCCCUUUAACAUAGAAGUAUACUCACGCUUUUGUUGAAUCUUGAAAUAAAAGGCUUCCUUUACCACAUAUCUCCCUUUAAUACUACAUCUCUCUUCUCAGCCAAAUACUUGGGAAGAGAAGCCCUGAGUUUGUGUCAUUGUUUUCUCACCUCCAGUUGACUACUUUGCCCACUGCCUGACAUCCAGCUCGCUCACACACACACACAAGCCCAAUCACUAAGUUGCCAUAGCUAAUUUGUAGCUUUCCUGCCCUCCUGGCAAAAUUUGACUCUGCAUUGGGAUAAUACAUGUCGAGUACCUAUUGAACAGGCACUGUGCUAGGUGCUGCUGUUAUAGAUAUGAAAAGAAGGCAUCAUCUCCUUUCUAACAACUCACAGGAGCAGCCAUUCCUGAUUCAUACACAUGUCUUGACUCCCAGUGCUCACUUUUGCAAGCUUCACUUAAUGCCGUGUAAAUCACCCUAUUCUCCAGGUCUUCUUUCUUCCCAGUUCUCCUUACUAUACACAACUUCUCAAGGCAGUCACCUCCACACCCAUGGCUUCAAUUGCUUUCUCCAUUCUCUGAGAACAAUAGAAUUUUAAAUGGUUUUAUUUCAUGUAUUAGCUUUAUUUUAUACAAGGUGCCUCACUUGCUGUAACCAUAGAUUCAAAGUUGCUCCAUGAAAGUAAUAAAUGAAAAAUGGUGAUUUUUUAGCAUGUAAAUUUUAGGAAAUUUCCCCAGUUACGCUUAAUGGCUUGAUUUAGUGUGUAUGUUAUUUUCGAAAACAUAUGUUGGGAUGUCACAAAUGGACUUAGCCUACAGAGAUUUAUAUUCAACUUUUGACCAGAGAGUUCCAUUUUAAUGUGACACUCAGAGUAAAAAACUAUCUUUUCCUCCUUACCCGUUUCUCUUCCUACAUUCUCGGCCAGGAGGAAGGCACUGCUACAUACCCAGUCUUCCCCAGCAGAGCCUGAGCAGCUCUGUUUUCCAUCUACUUCCCCUCUUCUUUCACAUCUCAUGACCAAGCGCUUCCUAUUCUGUCUCCCAAAUGAUCACAGACUUUUUCCUCCAUUUUUGUCACUGCCACUGCCCUUAGCAUUACUCUGCCUUUAGAGAAAGUCUCUUAAUUGGUUUGGUUGCUUCCUUCAGUCCUUAUACAGACCACUACACACACAUCUGACAGAGACUUUUCACCUUUUCAUGGUUCAAUGACUGAAAUUCCCAGAAUAAAAUUAAAACCACCCCAGCAUCAAAUUUGAGGUCAAAUAGAGGUGGGUUUGUAUCCCAGGUUCAUAUACUGUCCAGCAGUUUGGUCUCAGAAAACUGACCUCCUUAAGCCUUUGUUUGUGUAUCUGCCUACACUCAUUGAGAGUUGGGACUAUUUCACACAUACAAUGCCUGGCAUGUAGAAGGGACUUAAUUAAUGUUGAAAGAAAGGGAGGCAUUUUAAAAUCCACAUCAAAAAAAUGUCGCUCUGUUCGGGAGUGGUGGCUCACGCCUGCAAUCCCAGCACUUUGGGAGGCCAAGGCAGGUGGAUCACCUGAGGUCAGGAGUUCGAGAUCAACCUGAACAACAUGGUGAAACCCCAUCUCUACUAAAAAUACAAACAUUAGCUGAGCAUGGGGGUGGGCUCCUGUAAUCCCAGCUACUUGGGAGGCUUAGGCACUUGAAUGAGAAUCACCUGGAUCCAGGAGAUGGAGGUUGCAGUGAGCAACGAUUGUGCCACUGCCUGGGCAACAGAGUGAGACUCUGUCUCAAAAAAAAUGAAAAAAAAUUCUUUUAAAAAUAUACUAAUCUGGCUGGGCAUGGUGGCUCAUGCCUGUAGUCCUAGCACUUUGGGACACUGAGGCAGGCCUGACCAACGUGCAGAAACCCCAUCUCUACUAAAAAUACAAAAUUAGCUGGGCAUGAUGGCGCAUGCCUGCAAUCCCAACUACUUAGGAGGCUGAGGCAGGAGAAUAGCUUGAGCCCGGGAGGCGGAGGUUGCAGUGAGCCAAGAUCACGCCAUUGCACUCCAGCCUGGGCAACAAGAGCGAAACUCCGUCUCAAAACAAACAAACAAAAAAAAAUAGUGUUCAGCAAGGUUGAAGCAUAAAACGUUAAUAGCCAGCAUCAUUUAUCAAUUGUAUUUCUAUACAUCUGCAAGACACAAUCUGAAAAUGAAAUUAGAGAAACAAUUUCACUGGGCAACAAGAGCAAAACUUCAUCUCAAAAUAAUAAUAAUAAUAGUAAUAAUAAUAAUAAUCUACAAUGUCAUUUCCCAUCCAAGCUUGACUUCUACCUUUACUUUCUGAUAUGGUUUUGCCAUGCCCCCACCCAAAUCUCAUCAUGAAUUAUAAUCGCCAUAAUCCUGAUGUGUCGAGGGAGGGGCCUAGGGGGAGGUGAUUGGAUCACGGGGGCAGUUAUCCUCAUGCUGUUCUUGUGAUAUUCAGUAAGUCCUCAUGAGAUCUUAUAGGGUUUUGUUUUGUUUUGUUUUUUGGGACGGAGUCUUGCUCUGUUGUCCAGGCAGGAGUGCCAUGGCACGAUCUUGGCUCACUGCAGUCUCUGCCUCUUCAGUUCCCGUGAUUCUCCUGCCUCAGCCUCCUGAGUAGCUGGGAUUACAGGUAUGCACCAUCACACCCAGCUAAUUUUUGUAUUUUUAGUAGAGACAGAAUUUCACUACAUUAUCUAGGCUGGUCUCAAACUCCUGACCUCAGUUGAUCCACCUGCCUUGGCCUCCCAAAGUACUAGGGUUACAAGUGUGAGCCACCAUGCCCAGCUGAGAUCUGAUGGUGUUAUACAUGUUUGACAGUUGCUCCUUCACAUGUUCCCACUCUCUGUGCGGCCACCAUGUAAGUCGGACCUGCCCUUCUGCCAUGAUUGUAAGUUUCCUGAAGGACUUCCCCUUCUGCCAUGAUUGUGAGUUUCCUGAGGCCUCCCCAGCCAUGUGAAACUGAGUCAAUUAAACCUCUUUCCUUUAAAAAUUACCCAACCUCAGGUAUUUCUUUAUAUCAGUGUGAAAACAGACUGCUAUACUUUCUGAUAAUCAUGCAUAAGCAAUUGGGGAAUUCAGACUACCUGGGAUCAAACUGUGGCCCCACCCUUAGCAGUCAUGUGACCUUGAGGAGGUUACUUACCUUCUCUGUCUCAACAACUGCUGUAAAAUCUGUAACAUGGGAUUGUUUCUGAGGGUUAAAUGAGCAUAGCACAGUGGGGACACUGUCAGGCACACACUACUUGCCAGAUGUCGAGUAUUCAUCUUUAUUGAAAUAGGACUGUGGUAAGCCACUUUAUGGCUCUCGAUUUUGUAUGAGAAAAUCAUGCUUAGUGCCUUGUUAAUAAAAGAAAGAAAACCUGAAAGUCCCUGCCAUGGAAGGAAGAAAUAGCGGGGAGAAAAGGGAGUUGGUAAGUUUCAGCAUUUCAGAGCUUGGAGGGACAAGUUAGGUUUCUAUUUUAUGGAGAAGGAGGUGGAGGCAGGAUGGGUCCUAAGGUGUCAUUCAAGACACACAGCCAUAACUCUUUAUUGAGAGCAGAGCUAGGGCCCCAGGGAUUGCUGUGGUCAAGUUGCGGACAAAAAUGACCACUCAUUGGAAGACAGGAGAGGAGUAUUUAGUUACAAAAGCAGUCAACAAUUCAGGUGUAUCUAUAUUCAGUCAGCAAAUAAAAGUUGUUCAACUUGAUUGCUAAUGGGACCCACUCUACUGAGGCUUUGUAUAGAACUCAUAGAGGAAGAUGGCUUCAAGUAAUGAACUACCCUGUGCUUUUCUUAGGACUAAAAUCUCAGGAAGCUGGUGAUGAAUGAAAACCUUAGUCCCACUGGCACUGCACGAGGGGCCAGGAGAGCAGCAGCAUCAUAAGCCACAGGGUGGGGCAGCCAAGGCAGGGGCAUUCUGAGCUGUUGGGGAGGGGUGGCAGGCAGGGUGGGGCACUGUGAGCUGUCGGGGAGGGCACUGUGAAGUGUGGGGUGGGGCAUUGUGUGCCACAUGCCUGGGCUCCCACCUGGGCCAGUGGGCUUCAGUCUGUAGGUGACUACAGAAGGAGGAGGAGCUCCGUCUGUUCUCUCUUCAGGCAGUUGUUGUGUCUCUCAGCGCUUGUUGGGUUCACAACCUAUUAAAUAAGCCGGCUGGUCUUCACCCUCCCAGACAAGUCAACUCAGGGGAGGCGGCAGGGUGCGGGCCUUGGCCCGCAGCCCUAGCCGGGGCCGGGGCCAGGGCUGGUGCCCGGGGCCGCGCUGUGAGGUGGGCAGGCGAGGAGCUGGAAGACCAUCUCUGCAAGUGCAGCAUAGCCUCGGCCUAGGACAGCGGGAGUGCGUGGCCAAAGCUGUGAGCAGAGGCACAGGUGGUGGCAGACAGUAGAGGCGCCCCAUGGGGAACAUACUGACCUGUCGUGUGCACCCUAGCGUCAGCCUCGAGUUUGACCAGCAGCAGCGGUCGGUGUGUCCCUCUGAAUCUGAGAUCUAUGAGGCAGGAGCUGGGGACAGGAUGGCAGGAGCGCCCAUGGCUGCUGCUGUACAGCCUGCUGAGGUGACUGUUGAAGUUGGUGAGGACCUCCACAUGCACCACAUUCGUGACCGGGAGAUGCCUGAAGCUUUGGAGUUUAACCUUUCUGCCAAUCCAGAGUCAAGCACAAUAUUCCAGAGGAACUCUCAAACCGAUGCUUUGGAGUUUAACCCUUCUGCCAAUCCAGAGGCAAGCACAAUAUUCCAGAGGAACUCUCAAACAGAUGUUGUAGAAAUAAGAAGAAGCAACUCUACAAACCAUGUAUCUACCGAGCGUUUCAGUCAACAAUACAGCUCGUGUUCGACAAUAUUCCUUGAUGACAGCACAGCCAGCCAGCAUUAUCUUACAAUGACAAUAAUAUUUGUGACCUUGGAGAUACCUCAUCAUAUCACACAAAGAGACGCAGAUAGAUCUUUGAGGACACUUGAUGAACAGUUACACUCAUUUGCGGUUUCCACCGUGCACAUUACCAAGAAAAGAAAUGGAGGUGGGAGUUUAAAUAACUAUUCCUCCUCCAUUCCAUCGACUCCCAGCACCAGCCAGGAGGACCUUCAGUUCAGUGUUCCUCCCACUGCCAACACACCCACGCCCGUUUGCAAGCAGUCCAUGCGCUGGUCCAACCUGUUUACAUCUGAGAAAGGGAGUGACCCAGACAAAGAGAGGAAAGCCCCGGAGAAUCAUGCUGACACCAUCGGGAGCGGCAGAGCCAUCCCCAUUAAACAGGGCAUGCUCUUAAAGCGAAGUGGGAAAUGGCUGAAGACAUGGAAAAAGAAAUAUGUCACCCUGUGUUCCAAUGGCAUGCUCACCUAUUAUUCAAGCUUAGGUGAUUAUAUGAAGAAUAUUCAUAAAAAAGAGAUUGACCUUCAGACAUCUACCAUCAAAGUCCCGGGAAAGUGGCCAUCCCUAGCCACAUCGGCCUGCGCACCCAUCUCCAGCUCUAAAAGCAAUGGCCUAUCCCAGGACGUGGACACCGGGCUGGGUGACUCCAUAUGCUUCAGCCCCAGUAUCUCCAGCACCACCAGCCCCAAGCUCAACCCGCCCCCUUCUCCUCAUGCCAAUAAAAAGAAACACCUAAAGAAGAAAAGCACCAACAACUUUAUGAUUGUGUCUGCCACUGGCCAAACGUGGCACUUUGAAGCCACGACGUAUGAGGAGCGGGAUGCCUGGGUCCAAGCCAUCCAGAGCCAGAUCCUGGCCAGCCUGCAGUCAUGCGAGAGUAGUAAAAGCAAAUCCCAGCUGACCAGCCAGAGCGAGGCCAUGGCCCUGCAGUCGAUCCAAAACAUGCGUGGGAACUCCCACUGUGUGGACUGUGAGACCCAGAAUCCUAAGUGGGCCAGUUUGAACUUGGGAGUCCUCAUGUGUAUUGAAUGCUCAGGAAUCCACCGCAGUCUGGGCACCCGCCUUUCCCGUGUGCGAUCUCUGGACUUGGAUGACUGGCCAGUUGAGCUCAGGAAGGUUAUGUUAUCUAUUGGCAAUGACCUAGCCAACAGCAUCUGGGAAGGGAGCAGCCAGGGGCAGACAAAACCCUCAGUAAAGUCCACGAGGGAAGAGAAGGAACGGUGGAUCCAUUCCAAAUAUGAGGAGAAGCUCUUUCUGGCCCCACUACCCUGCACUGAGCUGUCCCUGGGCCAGCGCCUGCUGCGGGCCACCGCUGAUGAGGACCUGCGGACAGCCAUCCUGCUGCUGGCACAUGGCUCCCGUGAGGAGGUGAACGAGACCUGUGGGGAGGGAGACGGCUGCACGGCGCUCCAUCUGGCCUGCCGCAAGGGGAAUGUGGUCCUGGUGCAGCUCCUGAUCUGGUACGGGGUGGACGUCAUGGCCCGAGAUGCCCACGGGAACACAGCGCUGACCUACGCCCGGCAGGCCUCCAGCCAGGAGUGCAUUAACGUGCUUCUGCAGUACAGCUGCCCCGACGAGUGCGUGUAGUAUCUGUUUUAUUUGACUGCAGUCUUCUUGGUGCAAAAACAAAAUGGGAAAAAUAAGGAUAACUCAGAAUUUCAAAAGGAAAUCACAAAUUCAGCUAAUAAUAGCAUUUUCAGUACUUUUCAUAAACUAAGUAAAUACACAAAAUGUUGAUUUUUCUGACCAUAAGACAUAUUUUGUGUCCUUUUGCCGAGGUGGAUGUGUUAGUCUCAGGCCCUCCUGGCCACAUUGCCCAAGUCACACAGGCUUCUGUAUUAUGUAUUUAGAUAAAAUGUGUGAAAAUAUAUUUGAAAUAAAGUUCAUAAAUAUGCAUUGA